AUGGCAAACCUGGAAGACUACGAAACGACUGAUUUACUCUCAGAACUCAAACGCAGAUAUAACUGCCUCGGGAAACCACAAGGCAAUUUCGUCUUCCUAGGACCACCAGGAUCCGGGAAGGGAACUCAAUCACAUAUAUUGAAGAAUAGUCACUGCUACUGUCAUGUAUCAACCGGCGACUUAUUCCGUGAGGCCAUUAAAUCCGGCACACCACUUGGUCUUAAGGCUAAAGAGUUCAUUGACAAGGGUCUAUUAGUUCCAGACGAUUUAACACUAAGUCUUGUCCAAGAAAGAAUUAAUUCCCCCAAAUGCAGACGCGGAUUCCUUCUCGAUGGAUAUCCGAGAAACAUAUCACAAGCUAAAGAUUUGGGGAAAUUGUUGAAAAGUGUUGGAAAGAAGUUGAAUGGAGUGUUUUCAUUUAAUGCCUCCGAUGAGGUGAUAGAGAAGCGAGUAGUGGGACGCCUAGUUCACCCAGGCUCAAAUCGCGUAUACCAUAAAGUGUUUAAACCGCCGAAGGAAGAAGGUAAAGAUGAUCUCACAGGAGAACCAUUGAUAACGAGAAAAGACGAUAGCCCUGAUAUUAUUAGGAAGCGUUUGGAAGUGUACAAAAAGGAAACUGCACCACUGGUUGAGUAUUAUAAUAACGAAAACUUGCAUCAUAGCGUCAACGCAAAUAAUAGCGUUGAGUCGAUAACGAAAGUAAUUUUUCUUGGGUUUAAUUUUGUUUAG